CCGCCCCCCAGGAUAAAAAGCCCCCGAGUCCCAUGGGUGCCCGAGCACACGGCUACAGCCCCGACACCCCCAGGGAGGGCCAAGCUGUGACCAUGUCUGAGCUGGAGAAGGCCAUGGUUGCCAUCAUCGAUGCCUUCCACCAGUACUCGGGAAAGGAGGGAGACAAGCACAAGCUGAAGAAAUCAGAACUGAAGGAGCUUAUUAAUAAUGAGCUGACCCAUUUCCUUGGUGAGAUCAAAGACCAGGAGACUGUGGACAAAGUGAUGGAGGCACUGGACAGUGACGGGGAUUCAGAGUGUGACUUCCAGGAGUUUGUAGCCUUCGUUGCGAUGGUCACUGCUGCUUGCCAUGAGUUCUUUGAGCAUGAGUGAGCAGUGGGAAGCAGUUGAGCACCUCCUGUUUUUAUGCCAGAGAGAUGCAGAGCAGCACCACUCCCCCUGGGAAUCAGACUGGGGGGGCAACUGGGAGAUCCGAGGAGGGGGCUACUGACAGAAGCCUGGUUCUGAGCCUACUGGCCUGAACAGAAAUGCUUCCAUUGUUUCCCAUGGGCUCUGUCUGUCCUGUGCAUGGUACUAACCCAGGCAGCACAGCCCCUGCCCUGUCACAGGAGCUCAGCAGAGCCCACAUAUUUCUUGGCAAAUUGAGACACCCUUGGCUUGAAAGGCAAAGCAUAACCAUCUAACAGUCCAGGCUCUUCUCUUGCUUAUGAAUACUCCUGCUUUUAGCAGUCUGCAGAACUGGAAGUGAAAACAUAUGAGGCUCCUGGGCUAGGGACAGAUUUUGGCCUAGGAUGUGCCUUGGCACAGUCUCUAGGUUCAGUCAGAAGGGAAGGAGGGGAUCUAAUGUAGAUCAGAUGUGGCCUCUU